UCUGUAAUUGCUCCCUUUGCUAUUGGCAUUGUCAAACAGGAUGAAGCGGGGACGCCAAUCAACCUCUGAUAGGCUAAAAUCAACACUAUAUAGUGGAUUUGAGGAUGUAUUAGGUCAUAUAAAUGACGCCAAUGUUUUUUCAUUUGCUGGUGGCAAGCGUUCUUUUAUGCGUGAUGCUUCCAACAAAUUCGACUCCUCUUGGUAUCCUGAUGUCUCGGAUUCUUCACAAUUAAAUCACAAUGAUACUUCACCACCAACUGAAUCUGCCAUUAGUCGUCCAGAAGAGGAUGCUAAUCUGUUAACUGCUGUAUUAGGGACCACCCUUUAUGACCUUGCAAGGGAUAUACAAAAACGAAGUUCUAGUUACGACGCUUUCGAAGUAUUGUAUCAUGCAGUGGAGGCUGUAAAGCUUCAGGAGAAUGCUAUUAGGGCAGUCAAGAGGCGUCGAUCGUUCGCUGAUAGAACUGGUGGUAUAUAUUACCAAUUGCUCAACCGUCGUCUAGGUCGAGGGUUUUUAGAAUACAGUUUAACAUCGCAACAACUAAGGCAUGCAUCAUUAAACUUUUCACGUGCUAUUAAUGUUUGGGGUCAUCAAUCUCUUUUAGAUGACUUCGACCCUGGGAAGCCGUAUAAUGAACCUCCUCAAGUCGGUUGUAUUCUUUUCGACAGGACUGGCGAUGUGAUUAUUACGGGUGGCGACGAGGGAAUUAUUAAAUUGUGGCAUACCCACAACUGUACUUUAAUUACCAGCCUUCGUAAGCAUGCGGGCGGUGUUGUUUCCAUCGAUGUCCACCCUAAUAACCAUUUUAUAUUAAGUUGUUGUGACGGUGGAGAAAUGUGGCUUUGGGAGAUAAAUGGGAAUUUACAUCGUCCUCAUAAGCGUAUUUCAAUUCCUUCGAAGUAUCUCUGGUGUCGUUUUGUAUCUACUGGUGGCUAUCAUGGAACAUGCCCUUCUGGCUUCAGUGAGCGUUGUAGACAGGAGAUCGAGAAUACUUUGGUGGUUUGCAUUAGUGCUGACUCUAAGAUUUCGAUAUACCGUAUGUCUGAUAUGGUGAUGCCAUCUAGUGGUACUAAUAUAUUCAGUGAUGUCGUUCCCAUGUACAGGGUGGAUUUAUACAACCACAAUAUCAAGGCUUACGAUGUAUCACGCCCGUUAAUGCAUGACAACUCAUCGUUGAUAGCUGUUGGAAUAGAACUUAGUUAUUUGGAAGAGUUGAGGACUGGUGACGAUAACGUAGCUUCUGCCUUGAUGAUCCUCAACAAAAAUUCAGUUACGAGACAAUCUAACAAAGAUCCUGGAAAAUACGAAAAAAUGACUUCGAAUGCACAUUGCGCUCUUUUCAACGUGUCAAACGGCAGAUUGAUGACGAAGGGGGAUAUGAUCGGUUUGGCGGAUGGUGUAUCUAAACAAGGUAGUGAUGACACAUCCCAUGACAAUAUGUCAAAUAAUGGACUGAUUGAUGCUGAUGCAUUUGUGUUACAGUACUGCACAUGUGAUGCAAACUUAUCGUUGACAACGGAUUUCACAAAUACCUGUCGUUAUUGUUGUAAGCGUGUGCGUAGCCUUAGAACUCCCAUUGCACGUCAACAUUCGUAUGAUGCAGAUUUAUUUGACGGUGAUAGUGGUGACAUUCUAUUUGAUGAAAUUGAGACUGGGACGACUUCUAGACAUCGCAAUGACACGCCUAAUUUCUUAUGGGAGGAAAACACUAAUGAUCUUGAGGCAUUGAUAUACGAAUCACUAGAAUCCUUUACAUUCACGGAUGACGAAAGCGAUGUUGGACAGAUGCAUAACUUCGGUGACAACAACAUGCCCAUAGGUCGUAAUAGCUCUACAUUAAUAAUUCUUCCUACGGUAGAGCCUACCCCUGGUUUGCAGGAUAACAAUAUUCAUGACCCUGGUGACUUUGAAGAUCUCAUUUACCAUAUUGAACACGGUCACGAAAUGAGUCCAGACGUUUGUUUUGCCAACACUAGCUUAAACCAUGUCACUGGUAGUGAUGAUGGUACUGUAUAUUUACGGAUCCAUUGUAACCAAAGGACGUUGUUCCAGAGCACUAGGCUAUUCACAAAGUGCAUUACAAGGUGGCUUAGCGAUACGGAUACUACACAAUAUAAUAGUGAAGAAUGUACACACGUUGUUGAUCCUGCAUUUAUCUAUAUACCCGCUGAAGAAACUUGUGAAUCAGGCUGUUUCAGUGACUCAGUACAACCAUCAAGCACAAUCCAGGUGUAUCCUCAUGACACUGUGAUGAAAAUUGAUGAGUUGAAUACAUCACCAAAUAGGAGCACUCCAUAUUCUGGAACUCCUGAAAAACCCCUCUUCCCAAGAAAUGUUGAUAAAUUGGAGCUUGAUGUCACGGAUAAAUCAAAUACUGUCGUCCCAAAUAGUUCAAAAUCUAUGACACCAUACAUAUCGUUUCCGACUUCCUAUUCUAGUUCAACUGACGACUCACUUGGCCAAAGCGCUGCUAAAAAACUCCGGAGUCGUUGUAUCCCAUCAUCAAUAGAUGCAGUGGACGAUUUUACUGCAAGCGAUGUUAUAAAGCCGCACAUGUCAGAUGCCAUUAAAGAUGUACAUCAUAUCACGUCUAAAUCUUCUACUAAAAAGGAGGGUCGCACUAAGCAAAGUCUGAGUGACUCUGGGCAUCAUUACAUGAUUACCGGUAUUGUAUGGUCAUUGAAUGACCGAUACAUUCACAUUGCGGAUAGUAUUGUAACACGCUUUAACGUUAAGAAAUUGAUAACGACAUCUCGUACGAUUUUAUCUGGCGUGUCAUCGUUCAACGCAGAUGGAUCUAAGGUUGCUGACUUCUUGCACAAUGAAAUUAGUCAUCAUAUCGUUUGCUUGAAACCACAUCCGGUGACUGACGACCUUUUGCUUACUAUGACGUAUGGUGGUGUGAUAUACCUUUUAUCCAUAGAAUCGAAGAGUAUAAUCAAGAAGCUAGAUUGCGGACCCAGUGCAGUUUGGGUUGAUGCUGCAUGGCAUCCCAGUGGUUUAUAUUUUGCUGCCAGUCAAUCUUACGGUUGUUUUUCUUUAUUCACGUUGGAUAAUUUAACAUGUAACUAUAGUUCCACAUUGAACCAUCAGAGUGGAUACAGUGAUAUGUUACCUAUAAACACUACCGCCUUUUAUACCGGUGGAGAGGAAAACAAUCAGUUUAUUAGGCGAUAUUAUCAUGGAUCUACUUCAAUGCCACCAUUGGAGUUGCAAGGUAAGAACUGUAGCGAGAGUUUGCGUAUAUAUACGGCCAGUUCAGUACAUACAGUUCUGGAUGAGCAUCGUUGUGAAGUGGUUUAUCAGUGCUCCCCGGUAGCCAUGGAAGUUAAGGACUGUGAACCCAAUCUCAACCAUUUAUCAGAAUAUGUUAAUAUGUCAUCAACUGAAUGGCAUAUGGUUUCCGUUUUAAGUCGUUUGCCAGUGGACGUCAGUAUUAUUGAGUUUCUUCAAUGGCAUUACAGCAUUCAUGUGGAUUGCGAUAUUAAAGAGCUUAUAAACUGGUACCUUAGGAUUCAAGGAUUAGAGUUCCUUUUAGAUUCAUCGAAUCGUAUGAAGAGUGCUACUUGUCCAUACGGUGGUAUAUCUUGCAUGAUGUGCCACUACAUGUCUACUUUUACAGAUCGUGCUGCACGUUACGUUGGCUCAUUAAGUGAGAAUCGCGGUAUUAAAUCAAUGACUAAUAACCGCGGUGAUAUUAUAUCUUGCAUACCUAUAUCAGCAAGGCCAAGCACAGGUUUAACCAGCAGUACUACUGCAACCACCUCUGUUGAACGACGGGGCAUUACAGUUUCACCUAAUCGCCGCGGUACGAUUGCAUCACCAACACCACGUGAUCAAAUAAACACUCGAUCGAAUGCUGUCACAAAUACGCAUCAAAACUCACGGACUAGUCUGAGGCUGUCUAUAUCUGGUAGAACACAGCCUACUAGGGUACAACCACCUCGUGGCCGCCAGCAGCUGUUAAAUGUCUCGCCUAGUCAAUCAGAUGGAUUGACAGAGGACUUCGACGUACGUAGUCCACGUAGCACCCCGUCUAGAAUCUCCGAGGACAACGCUUCCGAUCAUGGGUCUUCAACUUUAAGUAGCAGAAGUGACACUACAGUUAUAUCAAGUGUUGCAUCGCCUGUAUUAUCUUCUGUACGCGAUAAUAACAUUCCAUCUAAUGCUCCAUUUUGUUUGGAUAAUACUACUGAGACAUCUGGAUUAGAUGGCACUUAUGGUCCCCUACUACUCCCGGAUUCAUCAUCGUCUGACGAAUCAAGUCCAUGUGUAGUUGCUGGUAGUUACAGCCUUAGGAAACGGCGCAGCAGUAGUUUCAUAGAGCAAGCGAAGCGCAUUAGUGAGAUCAUAGGCCCUAUAUCGUUGUACGAUGGACAAGAUCGUGCAUAUAGAGGCUAUGGUUCCACUUGUGUAUUUUGCGGUCUUGGAGCCGACCUGACUCGUGGUGAGCGUAGUGUAGCCAAUCCGGUUUUCAUUGGCGGUUGUGAAAUGAUAAAGAAUAGGCUAGUUGGUCCCUUUGUACUUUCUGAUCACAGCUGUUCCAUUUUACGUGACGAGUUGCCUACUAUAUAUGAACGACUGGGAAAGCAUAUUUUUAUGCAUACAGGUUGUUUAGUAUCUACGGAUGGUUUCGUUAUAGAUUCACCAUGGCGUAAAAUUGAAAAUUUACCGUGGCUGUUGGCGUGCACUUUACACGUGAAGUGUGAUUAUUGUGAUGAGGCAUUUGCUUCGUUGCAGUGUUCCAGGAAUGACUGCAUCAGGGCAUACCAUUACCCCUGUUCUAUACAAGCUUUGUACGAUGAGGUCUACCAUGCAAAGUUAGCUAUUUCGGAUGAAUUACAAAACAUUUAUGAUACUAUAGAAAACUUCCCUGAUCCCAUGUUGUCAGCACCAUUUUAUUGUAUCGAGUGCAUUCUUAAGCGUUGCAGCAAAUUGAACAGUGGGCUGCGUCAGUUUUGCACGGGUGAUAUAUUUUUGAAACCAGAUACAAGGUUGUGGUUGAGUGAUGACGUUAGAAUUGAGCUUCCUUGUUACUAUAAUCCACAGGGAGGGGAGGUUGUUCUAUUACUUCAUCGGGAUUCAGGCAACUUAAAGGCCAAUGAUGCAACAUUUUGGAACAUCAUCAAAGAGUCAAAGGUUUUAGAAAUCAUGAAUAUCGACUUUCAAUUUUAUGGUCCAUUAUUAGGAGAGUAUGGAGUAUGCUCAGUGCUUACUUUACGCUAUGUAGAUAACCUCAAAAAGGUAUUAUCACUGUUUCAUAAGCCUGGAAGUAGUAUAAUACUACCACUGAUUGACCUUUUUGUUAGUCUUUGGCGUGUAUCUAAAUAUCAGGUUGGCCAGAACGUAAAGGUUUUCCAUGACGGCACGUGGAAGGACGGUAGGAUUAAAGAGAUAAAGUUGGGUGAAUUCCAGGACUCAUCGGUGGUUCCCGAUGACCUCACACGUGAUGAUAUGUGUAGUAUAGCGUGCAGCGCUAUGGAAAUGGGCAAGGAUUCCAUAACUGUUGAAAACGUAGCUAGUAUUGAUAAUCAUACAUUUUCCUCUUGGGAGGUUUUAAUGCCAUCUGUGGAAGAGAAGACUUUAAUAAGCCAGAUGUGCAAUUCACUGUUUCCUCAAGAGUUCAUGGAGCAACUGCUGAACCUUACAUUAUACCCAGAGUUUGAGCCAUUCAAUAGUAUCCCGGCUUAUACGGAGAAUUCAGAAGAGUGGAUACAAGAUUAUUGGAAGACAAUCCCUAAUCCGAUGACACUGGAUCGUGUUCGUGCGCGUAUAUUAAAUUCAUAUUACAUCAGCCCUCAUGCUUGUAUUUGUGACAUCGAGCUUAUCAUACGAAACUGCAGGCUUUUAAGCCGAACCAAUAGCGAAAUAUUCCGUCUGGCUAAUAAAUUGGAACGUACCUUGUCACCUAUUAAAACUGAGGUCCGUAAGUCUUUGUCUUUUGAAAACUAUGUAAGGACUGUGAUUUCAGCUGUUUGGCCAGCUGUUAAACCAUUAUUUUCCAGGGAGGGAUUAACCGGGGAACCAGUCGGCCUUAACACAGAAUCGGAAUCGUCAAAUCCUAGUGCUCUUACGGAUAUAGAUUCUCAAGGAAUCACUCAGGUUAGUGGUGAAUGUGAACGUUCUACUAGCUCUCAUGAGAGAGUGGGUAUUGAUAUUCGAGCGUUAGGUGCAUCUGCAAGAAUUAAUGUGAAUGCGUCUCUUUCUGGACAUUUCGAUUUGCUGUCUUUUAUGAAUAAUGUAGAAUUACCCGCUUCAAGUGGCGAUGAUGUAACAACUCGAAGCUCUAAGCUUGUUGCUGAUGCAUCUGGCAGUAGGGGUCGUCCUAAAAGGACACACGAUGGGCUAGAUGUUAAACACAAUCUACAUGGAAUACGGCGUGUUUCAGCUCGUCUGGCUGCAUUGUAUCAGUUAAAUGGCAGGCGUACUGCUAGGGAAAAUCACGAAGGAGUCGCAGUGAAGCAUAGAAGACGCGAUUCAUUGCGAUACAAUUUCCGUAAUUGUUAACAGACCUGUAUUCAAUAAUGUGUUU